AGGUCCCUUCGGACUCUGUUAUUCUAUUCUGUGCUAAAGUCCUGGUCUAGAGCCACAGCCCUGAUUCCAUCCUGACGUUCGCCAGUGCCAGCUUAAGUUUUGAUCCCCGAGCCUCUGCCUGUGUGACUACUGGCGGGGGUGGCGGAUGGGUGGCAUCGGCUACCCACGGGCCUCCGCCCCCUUGGCCCCAACCCCGCUGGCAUCCCCGCAUAAAACCUGCGAGCCAUCGGCGCGGCUACCUAGUCUGGUUCCUGCAGCCACGGACGCUCCAUCCUACGCCAUGGCCCGGUCACCGCUCAUGAUCUUCCUUCUGCCUGCCUUGCUGGCCUCUCCUUCCAGCCCGUUGCCGCCGUGCCCAGCGGAGUGCCAGCGGAUGCGCUGCCCACCGCACUCCCGGCAAGCCUGCCAGGCCGUCGGGGGCGAGCUCCAGCUGGACCGCUGCGGCUGCUGCUGGGACUGCGCUCCGGGCGAGGGUCAGCCGUGCGCUCCAGAGGGCCUCUGCGCCCGGGGCUUCUUCUGCUACCGGGAACCGAACAGCCGCGGACCGGGCACCUGUACUUGCGUCGAGGGGCCGCUGGGCGUCUGCGGCAGCGAUGGGCGCACCUACAGCAGCCUUUGCCAGCUGCGCGCCCGGAACCAUCAGUCCAGCUCUGGCCACCAGCCGCUCGUCAUCCCCGUCCAUAAAGGAAACUGCGGAGAAGCAGGUGCUGUGGACCUCAACAGCCCAAGGAAUAAAUUUAACUUUAUUGCUGAUGUGGUGGAGAAAAUUGCUCCUUCAGUGGUUCACCUGGAACUCUUUCGCAGGCUGCCUUACACAAAGAAAGAAGUUAUGGUUUCCAGUGGUUCAGGCUUCAUUGUAUCUGAAGAUGGUUUAAUCCUCACCAAUGCCCAUGUUCUCGACAAGAAGCAGAGAAUCAAAGUCGAGCUCAAAACUGGCCAUCAGGUGGACGCCCAGGUCAAAGAUGUUGACCAUAAAUUGGACAUUGCUCUGAUCAAAAUAGACACCCAGGUAGCCCUUCCUGUGCUCCUGUUGGGAAGAUCCUCUGAACUUCGGCCUGGGGAGUUUGUGGUGGCGCUGGGGAGUCCCUUCUCCUUGCAAAACACAGUGACAACUGGGAUUGUAAGCAGUACCCAACGGGACGGCCGGGAGCUUGGGAUGAAGGACUCCGACAUGGAAUAUAUCCAGACCGACGCCAUUAUCAAUUAUGGAAAUUCAGGAGGGCCAUUGGUGAAUUUGGAUGGUGAAGUCAUUGGAAUGAAUACUCUGAAAGUUACGGCUGGCAUCUCUUUUGCCAUCCCUUCUGAUCGAAUCCGCCACUUUCUGGAAGAAACUCACAACCGACAGGCGAAAGGUAAGAAAAUUCCCAAGAAGAGGUAUCUGGGACUCCGGAUGGUCCCCCUAACUUUCAAUCUCAUCCAUGAGCUGAGACGGCAUAAUCGAAAUUUUCCCAACCUGAGCUCGGGUGUCUAUGUUUAUGAAGUGAUACCAGGAACAGCUGCUGCAAGAGCUGGCCUGCAAGAUGGAGAUGUCAUCACAGCCAUAAACGGGAAACAAGUCACCUCAACCCGGCAUGUGACAGAGGCCAUUCGAAACAACCGCAUCCUGGCAGUAAUAGUGAGACGAGGAAAUGAAGACACCAUUCUGACAGUAACUCUCGACGAAAUCAAUUAAACUGGACCUUGUGACCCAAGGGGUUUUUGAAUCUUUAAUUGCUCUCGAUAAGAAACAGCUUAGGAAAAAUCCAUAGUUUAUGGAUAGUUCUCUUUCCUGAAUGUACAGUAUAUAUAAAUUGAUCCAGGCACACAUUAAAUAAUAAUAUUAAUAAUAAUAAUAAUAUCAGAGUUGGAAGGGACCUUGGAGGCCUUCU